AUUCAUCCUGCCAUAGCCGCCAGCCAGCCCUUUUGCAAAAGGUCAAGAGUUUGGAGCUAGUCGUAUUCUCCCAAAAGGCACCUGUCAAGAACGCGCCCGUCUGGAGGUUUCAUGCUGGGUGCCAUGAGCCUGAAAGCCACGGGGGCUGGAGCCUGAGUAGUAGGGGUCUGGCAGAGCCGCCAACCGCUCGCUUUGCCCGCCAGCCUCAACCGCAUUGAAGGCGGGCCGCGCAACCGUUUCCCUUUCUUCUCGCUGCGCCCUUCGACCCUCGUUGCCACCAAAAAAACAUCGGUGCGGCCGACAAAAACACAGUCGCCUCACUCUCGUCGCCACGACCACGGCCCCGGCCCCUGUGAAAGGCGCCACCCUUCGCUCCCGCCGCGCACCGUGUCCCACAGAUCCAGUGUGUCGCCCACUGGGCCAGCUCGAGUGUUUCUCCGGGGGUGACUUGUCGGAGGGGUGUCUGGGUGUCUUGUUUGGGCGUCUGGUGGGAUCCAGUUGUCGCCGUGGACGGUACCUGUGCUGUUGGCUGGCUGCCCCGGCGCCCAUCUCUCAUAACCGCUGCCUCCCUCCCCACCCAGCGUCUGUGCGGUGCGGGCCCGACCUCGAUCAGCUUUUCUCGACCCUUUGCCUUCUCCCGCAGCAAUACUCGCUUUUGCUGCCGACGAGCAUCUGGAAAUUACAGACUGCAACCCCGGGCCCAGCGGGCUUUCCCAUCGAGGCCAAAACGGCGGAGGCGACGUCUCCUACUUUUCAGACUCAGAGAACGAGGAACGAUCGGUGGUGCCCUCCGUAAAAUCCCCGUCCGAUAUCCUCUCGGGCGUCUACCGCGGCUUCAAGAAGAGCCAAGAGAACAUCGCCCGCCUGACCCGCCAGCCCUCCCAGCGCGGUCUCAAGUCCUUUUCCUCGAGAAUACAAGAUCAGGCGCAUCAACAUGUCCGGAAUCUGAGCUUGCAGACCAGUCUUGAGAAACCCUUGCCCGAGCCCCCGCCGCACCCCGCCUCCACGCCUGCCACACCGACCCCCACCAACUCUGUGCCGCAACACGCCAGCCUAGCCGGGGUGCUGGCCGAAAGACUGCAGAGGCCAAAGAUGGAAAGGACGAAUACUAUGGAAUCGAUGGCCUCUAUGAACUCGAUGAGCUCCAUGAACUCGAUUUCGUCCGUCGAGAUGCCCCCACUGCGUCAAGGCCUCCACCGGAACCAGCCCGGCGAUCUAAGCAUGAGUAGCAGCUUUGCGAGCCUGUCGCGGCAGGAGGUGAACGAUGAGCCGAGAGAGAAUCUGACGCCAAAGAGUGGCGGCCCUUCGUCUGGCGGGCCCUCGCCACAGGCCGGUCAGCAACAACAACGAGGGGCGCCGUCGAUCGGCCCUGCCGUGGGAACUCUAUCGUCUACCGGCUCAUCGCACCUCUCUGGCUUGAUGUGCAACGUGCACAGGACGACGGGAAAGGAGCCCCAUCCCCUCGUCGGGGCAACUACCACUAUCCUCGGGGACAAGCUCUAUGUUUUCGGCAGCAGGAUAUUGUCUCGCAGUCGGCCUGCGCCUCUGACCUCUGACCUCUACGAGCUGGAUCUUAUUAGGCGGCACUGGACCAAGCUCGAUACAACAGGUGACCUGCCCCCGCCGCGAUACUUCCAUUCCAUGUGCCCACUGGGCGACACGAAGCUGGUCUGCUACGGAGGCAUGUCACCCUCGCCGAGCCAAUCUUCACCCGGCCAGGAACAGCAGCCCGAGGUCUCUGUCAUGUCGGACGUCCACAUCUACGACGUGCCAACCAAGACAUGGACCUCCAUUCCCACACAAGAUGCGCCACAGGGCCGGUACGCGCAUUGCGCCUGCGUGCUGCCCUCGUCGGCCAAUUUCGCUUCCCACAAGGCGCCUCUUUCAGCCUUGCAUCACAACCCGUCAACUGGUAUCAACGAAGGCAGGAUCGGAAUCAGUAUAGACGGCACAGGUGGCGCAGAGAUGAUUGUGGUUGGAGGCCAGGACGGGAAUAAUCACUACAUCGAGCAGAUCAGUGUAUUCAACCUUCGGAGCCUCAAGUGGACUUCCACGCAGCCCCUCGGAAAAAGCUGCGGCGCCUAUCGGAGUGUCGUGGCACCUCUGUUACCGUCGGUUACCGCCAAGAUCGGCAAGGCGAAUGCCGGUGGAAUGAUGAGGCAGGACAGCAUCAGCCACGAGGCCCGCGAGCCCGGAUCAUCGAUGCUGAUCUACUCCAACUACAACUUCCUCGACGUGAAGCUGGAGCUACAAAUAAGAGGCACCGACGGUUCGUUGUCGGAGAGGCCCAUGUCGGGAAGCUAUUCCCCUCCCGGGCUGCGGUUUCCUAACGGAGGUGUCAUCGACACGCACUUUGUCGUUAGCGGCACGUACCUUACGUCUUCGAAACAGGAGUAUGCCCUUUGGGCGCUCGACCUCAGAAACCUGACCUGGUCCAAGAUUGACGCUGGGGGUAGCGUCUUCAGUCAGGGAAGUUGGAACAGGGGAGUCCUAUGGAACAGGAGAAACACGUUUGUGGUUCUGGGCAACCGAAAGCGAAGCCUGGUGGACGACUACAACCACCGGCGCAUCAACUUUUCCAACGUCUGUAUGGUGGAGCUGGAAGCGUUCGGGUUCUAUGACAACCCGAGAAAAACCGCGCCCAUGUCUGGCUUCGUCUCUGCUAGCAGUCCGUACACCGGGCCCGGCCUCAGUCUUGCUCGCAAGGCCGGCACUACGGCCGGCGGUCGGUCGCACUCGCCGGCAUCUGAAGAGCUGGGCGAGAAGGCUCUGAUUAUGCGCGAGCUUGCAGACAUGGACAUACUUUGCAUCGGGGGCGAGCGCAUUCCCGUCAACAGCCGCAUCGUUGCUCGACGAUGGGGACCUUAUUUCGUCCAGCUCCUGCGCGAGGGCACGGCGACGCAGGACGGCAACGAUGUCAUUACGCUACGGUCAACGCCUGGCGCGACUAUGCGCGCGUCGGUCAACACUGUCACCCAUUCCAGUGGCCGGAACACCAUGGAGAGCAACAUGUCGAUGGGUACCAUGACGUCGGGUUCAAGCUCGGCCAGCAACAAACCACCAAGUACCGCCGGCACUAGCAUCUCUGGAGCCUCUGCGGGCUUGAUGAGCCCGCCGGCGGACCUGACCACACUAAACUCGUCGCCGACCCCGAGGACUCUUCCGCCAAACGCAAGGCCGCGGUGUUUGUACCUGCCCCACACAUACCUGACCCUGCAGGCGCUUUUGCACUUCUUGUACACCAGCAGCUUGGCGCCGCCAAGCUCGCCGCUUUGCACACCCCAGAUCCUCUGCAGCCUUCUGCAGAUAGCGCGCCCAUACAGGAUAGAUGGCUUGCUUGAGGCUGUUGUUGAGCGCCUCCAUACCUUGCUCGACAGCCGCAACGCGGCGGCCGUCUUCAACGCGACGGCCAUGGCUGCCGGUGGUGGCCGGGGUAUCGACGGGUCCCUGAACCCCAACUUCUUUGUGCCAAGCGGCCAGCUGGACCCGCUGAGCCCUACAGACUCUAUAGGCAUGGGCGGGCUCGGAGUUGGUGGAAAAGAUGGCCUUGGCGCUCUCACGGGCCAGGCGGCGAACAUGAGACUCCACAACGGUGGGGUGGGGGCGCAGCGUCCCGAGAGCGCAGAGCUGUCAGCCACGACCAGCGUCUCCGGCAGCGAGUGGAGCUCGGAGCUCGACAGCGAGAGAGGUGCCGCCCGCGAGGUGUGGGACGGAGAGCUGAGCAGCGUCAUUGGACUGCAGAAGAGGGGCCUCCGCGGCUUGAUGGAAGGGCGCAGGAUGAGGGAGCGAACGGGCACAAACGCACCCGUGAGCGGCAGCAUGUCUGCGGCGAGAGGGCUCGGCCUGGGCAUCGCCGGGAGCUCCUGAGCCCAAAUAAGCCUCGUGGCACGAUCCACAUUGUCUCUUAUGCUUUCAAUUCUUUGGAUCAGUCUUUUUUUCCCACCCCUGUUUCAUUUACCCUGGCAUUUGUACGCCUUUUACUGGUAUCUAUCGCGCUCGAUCCAGCAUUGAAAGCAUUUACUCACGAUUCACGAGUAUACGCCCUACACGCACGCGGCGUUUCUCCCUUCAGCUGGGAUGUCGGUCACGCAUUCUCACCAUUGCUACCCUGCGCUUUGCUUCCCCUCCCCAUCCCAUUUUACAAGGACUGUGUCUGAAUUAUAUCGUUGUUUCCCGUUCAUCUAGCUUCUCCAAUUUGUUCUGUUUUCAUUCUCCAUUCCGACGCUUUAAUACCACACCCUUUCGCGUCUUUCUGGCUCGUUACAAAGAGACCAACGCCGGAGCUUUGGGUAGGAAAGAACUGGAAACAAGGAGUCGGGAGGAAAUGGUUUUUUUUUUUUUACCUAGAUCAUAUACCCGGCCAUGGCUGGAAUCCGAUAUCUCGUUUUGCUCA